CAUCUAAAUCUCCAUGUAAAAGACAAAGCUAGAGCAAAAGUUUUACACUUACUUUCCCAAAACACAGACGACAGUGUUUCCUGGGUCUCCGAACUUUUGCAAAACCUUCUUUACAAACCCAUCUUCAUCAUCCUCUGAAAAUUGAACCUGCAUAGUAUCCUUAUUCACAAUCUUCAAGUUGGGAGACCUCAAAUACUUCAAACUCUUCUCGUCCCUAAUAUCCAAUAGCUGAGCAGUGGGGUCCUCUUUGAGUUUUCGGAAUGCAUUAAGAACAGAGAUGAACUUAUAUUUUCUAAGUACUCUUGAACUACAGAUACACCAACCAACCAAAUGAACGUACAACCGGCAACGAAAUAUGGGUACUUGUUGAAAAACUCAUCAAUUGAGACCAGGAUUGACUCCAAGUUUAUUUUGUCUGAAACUUGAUCGGAAGCUGCGGCUUCGGAAGCAAAAGAAGGGAAAGUAAUGGCGGUGGUUGCGAUGAGCUCAGUGAGGAGAAAGGAGAGAUGGGUUUUGGGUUGGUUGUGAAAGAGGUUUUUGAUGGAGGGAAAUUGAAGGGGGUGGGAGUUGAAUGAUUGAGAGGUGAGAAUGGAGGUUUUGGGAAAAGAGAUCGGUAGUGAAGUGAUUCAAGGUGUAAGCUUCAAGGCGUCGAUUCGUCCUUCUCCGGCCAAGAUGCCGUGAUCUACCACCACCGCGUGUGCAGCAGGAAGAGGCGGUCAUAAAAUGACCGGUGGAACGCCGUCACGUGGCCGGAAGGCGGAGUUAUGCCGGAAAAACCAAAGAACCCAAAGAGAGAGAACGCGGGAGAGGGGGGAGAGAGAGAGAGUGGAGGGUAGUUAUGGAAGAGAAUUAACAGCACUAAACAAAAUAAUAUUAAACAAUUCAAAGGGAGUGCAGAUUGUGAAAGUGGGUGUGCAAAUUUCACUCCCCUAUGCUUUUUAUCAUCUGUAUACAAUUAUUACUAUUUGGUAACGUGCUCACAGGGCCAAUUAGUUGAUGAUGAUGAAAAAGAAAGAUUCUCAGGUAAUGAGAACCCAAUGAAUAUCAUUCAAUCUGUGAAUGUUGUACCGUCAAUCAACAAAAAAAAAAAAAAUUCACCAUGAAUGUUCAAUGUUGAAUGCAAAAGCACAAUACACAUGACGUGAAUACUUUUCACUUUCAAGAGAGGAUGUAAGGUAACCCACGCUUUAGCAUAAGAGGUGACGUUUGAGUUCCUUUAGAGCUGUAAAGGAACUCAAACGUCGGCAAAAAAAACCACUAAAAUGAAACUGAUCGGUUACUCUUGCAUUCUUAUGUCUGAAAGAUUAAAGCUUCACUGCCCUGAAAGAGUUCAUUAAUUGCGAGACGGAAUACAUUCGUACUGUGGUGUUCUACGCGAAGGAAACUGAGGACCGACCAGAUUCUUUUCCAAGUAACCAAAAGAUUGUGGCAUACUGAAUAUGGCAGAUAUCAGGCCAGAGGACUAUGUAAAGGUAUUUGCAGCAUCAGGACAAUGCACACAUGUUGACUACGAUUAUAAGACAGUAUUUGCUACACCAAUAUAUAAAGUAGGGAACAUGGAUGCUGUGGCCAUAAAUAAUGCGUUUAAUACAAUUAUGGGAAAGGACAAGAUUACAGAAGUAGAGUUCUUUAAUUUCAUUUGUGCUGGGCUAAACAUCAGAAGUGUUGUAGAUCCCAACAAACCAUUAUUGGUCUUUGCCAAGACAGAUGGGAUGUGUUCAGACUAUGAUACAGCGGUUCCAUCAAGUGCAAUUAGUGUCAAUAUGGAUCAGAGCAUAGCAGCAGGUACAAAACGUGUACCAGUGUCAGUGCCCAACCCAGCAUCAUCAGGACAGAGCUCUGCAACAGAGAGUGCAACAGACCAAGCAUUAGCUCAUGCAUUCAUCUGUGCUUGGUUAACCAGGUUUUGCAUCAAGGAAGCAGGUGACCAACUCAAAAACCAGCUAGCAUCUCUACAGAAAACAUACCUGAUGUUUUACAAGAGGAGCUCCACAGUUUUUGACACAUUCAGACCCACAAAAGAAUGGGUUAACAGCUUAAGGUUGGCCUUCUCUUCUUUCACCAGAUGCAGGCAUACUCUGGCACUUCACAUGGGGGUAGGAGAGACAUACCACAAAGUUAACAUGUCCAGGAAUUAUAAUCUGCUCAGAUUCUGUUACUUCCAAAAUCUCGAGUUCAUGGGCAUGCAUUCGUAUGCUCUUCUAGUAGAGAUCAUGAAUAAGCUAUCUCUAGCUCCUGCUCUUGUUCUGACAUGGCUAAGAAUGGAUGGUGUUACAGCUGCAAUAGAUGAAAUAGCCCAUAUUCUGCAGCAUUAUGAUAACGGGAUGAUCCCUGAUGGACUCUCGAAAGAAAGGGUGUGGAAGUAUGCUAGACUAAUAAAUGAACGGUAUUUCAACAGAAUGCAAACUUCUUACAACCCUGAACUUGUUGCUAUGCUCAGCUACAUAAAGAUCUUCCUAGGGCUUGCAGAUGAAAUAGGGUACAGAUCCCCUCUUAACAUUGCUGCUAUCAAAGGGAAUAACCUUCUAAAAGCAUCAGCUAAGAGAAAAGCCACCAUAUUUAUAGAAUGCAAAGAACAGCUGCACAGUGUGGCCGCCGAUGCCUCCAUCAUAGAAAAAAUAUAUGCCAAACGAAAGACGGCUGAUCUCCCCAACUUCACAACAAUACAAACUAUGGAAGGAGGACCUAGUGAGACUUUCACAGGUGGGGGACAAAAUAAGAGAGGAAACAGUGAUGUGGACCAAGCAUCCAAGAAGUCCAGAUGAUCAGCAGGGCUACCUAUCCCGUCUGGAAGAGGGAGGACAACAAUGGGAGUACCACCAAGCCUUUAAUUGGCGACCAAGAAACAUGAAUAAUGGUUCAUUAAUUGUAGACAUGUAGUAUAGUAAAUAAUAUUAUCUUUCUCUUUUGAACAAGGCUGCAGCCAUGGCGCACAAGGUGUAAAAUAUUAUUAUUUGAGAUGUAUUAUACCAAGGAGGCCUCUGAUAUUCUUGGAGCGAUCUCGGAGUAUGAAACCUAGGUUUCGUGUUGCUGGCAGCGGUGUAGCUUCGCUCUCCAGACCAGGCAAGGCUGCGGCGCGCUCUUGGGUGCGACGACAGUGUGGCGGCGGUGCGGACUUUGGUAUGGAUCGUGGUGGGUUUGGCGGUGGUGGAUUAGCUUCUGGGUUGGUAUAGAUCUGGAUCUGCAGGCGAUCGAGGUGGGUCCGGUGUAGGGCUGCAGUCUCGGCAUAGUACCGUGACAGAGAAUUCCUGAGUGGGAGAAAGGUGGCGGUGACACUUCCAGAGCGGGAGACAAUCGGCGAGUCAGGUCGGGAUACCGGCUUCCAUUGGGUAUUGCAGGGGAUCGGAUCCUCUCUGACUGGGUUUGAUUGUCGGCGUGUAGCAGAGAGGCAGCGGACCCGGGGACGGUGAUGCAGUGCUGGAAAGGCCGGCCGCUGGAGAGAUUGGUGACGGCGGUGAUGGGGCGGCAGCAGAAUUGGGUUGCUGCUCACUUUACUCAGAGUUGGGUUUGGGUCUUUGGGCCUGGGCUCAAGUUUGAGUUGUUGGGUUUUCUGUUAUGGGCCAGUAGGGAGGGUGUUUUACCACCCUCAUUUGUCACUUAGAGAUGAAGGUGGGCCUUGUAAUAACCCGAAAAUUAGUGCCAACUAUAGAACACUAUAUUAUUAACUAUAUUUGAAAAAUCUUUGUUAUUGAGCUCAAGACUCUCAUCUAUGUUAUUUUUGUGAUGCAUGUCAUUUUAGUACUAAUUAUUGUAAUUUUUUUUUUACCUUAAGAAAGCACUAAAAUUCUUUACUUAUUAAUUGGGUAAAUGUGUAUCUAUAUGUAUAUAUGUGUGUGUACAUACAUACAUACAUAUAUAUAUGGGGUAAUUCCCUUUUGCCCAAAAAUCUCAUGUAUUAUUCCCAAAUGCACAAAACUUUUCGUAUCUUACUAUUUGCUUAGGAAAAGACUAAAAAGGGGUAGUUCCUAUGUGUUAUCUGAGUUUUUAGAACUUUUGUCUACCUUAGAAACUUUAUUUUAAAGCAAGUUUGAAAACAAGACUAGCCUUCAACAUACCCAAGUUUUUCUCCUAACGGCUUCCUGCCUAGCGGAUACUUUAACAGGUGGAAUCACUGCUGCUUGUCUUAAUCUUGAUUUUAAAACUGGUUUUUUCUGGUACACAAAGCUUUUCAAAUUUCAGAUGCAUAUAGGAAGUGGAUGAUGAUGGAUGGAAGACAGGUUUGAAUGCAAACUUAUAAUGUAAACGAGAUAUUGAUAGAUAAAGUUAAUUAAUGACAAACAUGGGUGGGUAUUCCUUUAUUUAUUCAACAGAAAUACAUGCUAGGAAUCCAGAGCCUCAUCCUCGGGUAAACAGCAAAAGCUGUUUAGUUACCCAUGAGAAUGAGAACGAAAACUUACUUGUAAUGAAAGCACACUACUGCACACUGAAUAGGUAGGAAAAGCACACUGCUGACUAUGGCUUUCUUACUUCUUGAGAGAAGACUCUUCUACUCAAUUUUCUGAUGCCUUACAAAUGUAACCUAAAGCUCUUUUUAU